GCGCAUGUAUACGUCGCUGUUGUCGUCGUCGUCAUCGACGGCGCUGUUUAAUUUUUAUCGGCGCCCGUUCCGCAGGUUCCGCUAUCCGCUUCUCUGCGACACUGUCAAGUGUCACUUCACAAGACUGCACAGGUCGCGAGGUCGAGACCUGCCGGCUGCCACUCUCGCAGUCUCGCAUCAUCUCGCCGAUUUCUCUUUGCGCCUUGCGCCUGCGAGUCUACGGUUUGACGCCGGAAGUGCACGGUGCACGGUUCACGGUUCAUUGUCGUCGCGUCAGCGAUCAGCCUCGACGUGCGCCUUUGCUCUUUGUCGGAGCGUAGGAAAAUGGCGACUGCCGUGCCGUCGCGAUUCGCCGUCCUCAGCAUCGAGGACGACGAUUACAAGCCGAAGAAGACGCCGAAGAACGCGACGGCAACCAAGACCAACGCUAAGAAUAAGGGCGACAAGUCGAAGCAGCAGCAACAGCCGCAACAGCAGCAGCCGAACAAAAAAAAGCAGAACAAAGGAAAAAAGAAGAAAACGAAUAACGAUGACCAGCAGUGGGAACAGUGGAAGCAAAAAGAUACGAUGGCUGUCGAGGAAACGUUCGAGCAAGAACUGCACCAAGCCAUCCUGCUGUCGAAAUUGGCGUACGAAGAACACGUGGUUAGCGUAGCAAAAAAUGACAAAGAGCAAGAACAAAAUAAAAAAUCUGGUAAAAAGUCGAAAAAGGCAACUAUGUCGUUGGAAGAAUUUAAUAGCAUGGGAACAAGUGUGACGGUAGCACCGUUAACAACGGAGCCUGCUCCGGAUAAGUCGAGAGAAGUAGAUGCGGAAUUCUUUGAAAGGAUAGAGAAGGAGACGAAAGAAGAGAUAACAAAGGGAAAAGAGAAGGACAUAUUGAAGGCCAGAUCAAAUAAAAUCGACGAUGAUAUAACGUUUGCGCAGUUAAGACUGGAGAUAGAGAACCGAGAUGAAAUAAUCAGCCAACUGAGGACCGAGGUGCAUACGCUGAAAGAAGAGUUGACACAAGUUAAAGAGAGAAAUAAAAAACUUUAUCAGAUAUUGUCACACGGCGAGAUGAAGGAUAAAGCGUCGGUAUUGGCUGAAGUAGCAAAAUUACAAGAGAUACGAGAUGAACUAACAUCCGAGGUAGCUUCUUUGCACGCUCAACUGGAACAAGAAAGAUCUAAAACACGUACAUCUAGUGUAGAUGUAAAAACAUCUAAACAAACUAACAAGAAGAGGCCGGCCAGUGAAAAUGCCUAAUUCAUUUUUCACGAAAACGUACCAUUGUGAUCACGUAAUUUUAAUAACGGUGCAUAUUGAUUAAGUAUCAGUUUGAAAAGAAGGAACGUUAUAUAUGCAAAGAGAAAUUUUAAUUUCUCUUGCAUAUGCAACAUACGUUGUAUUUGCUCGUAAAAAUAAGUUUAAGAUACGCCAGAUAGCAGUUAGCUCGAUCGUUCCGCGAAUGUAUAUUUUGAAAGUAGACGUACAGCCUACAGUGUUGAUAGUUUUUCAUUUUUGUUUUUUCGAAAACCGUAGUUUGUUUUUAUGUUGUAUAUUUCUUUUCUCUUAGUAAGUUCGAUAAGUUUUUUAAAUUUAAAAAUACGUUAAAGAAAGCUCUGAAAUAAUGUUCGCUAAAGCUCUUCCAUAAGAUUUCGUAAUGUAUCAUCUUCCGAAUUUGUGUAUUACACAGCCAUGUGAAUAUAAAUGAUAUAAAUAUAUUCACAUACCACACACACACACACACACGCGCGCGCGCGCGCAUACAUGUAUGUAUGUUAAUUGAUUAUAU